AUGGUUCAAUUUUUGAAAGCUCUGGGGCUGGGCCUCAGCACCGCCUCCGUUCUGGUCGCCGCUGUGCCUAUGCCGACUGCUGCCCCAAAUAUCCUCAAUGCUGUUGCUCUUGAGAAGCGUGCAUCUUGCACUUUCACCGAUGCUGUUGCAGCCAGCAAGUCCAAGACAUCUUGUGCUACCAUUGUCUUGAACAACAUUGCAGUUCCUUCCGGAACAACCCUUGACAUGACGGGACUUACAACCGGCACAAAAGUUAUCUUUGAGGGAGAAACUACCUGGGGAUACGAAGAGUGGUCCGGUCCUCUCUUCUCCGUCUCAGGAGAAAACAUUGCUGUCUCCGGUGCUACUGGAAACUCGUUGAACGGCAAUGGUGCCAAGUGGUGGGAUGGAGAGGGUACCAACGGAGGAAAGACCAAGCCCAAGUUCUUCUACGCUCACAGUCUGACCGGAACCUCCUCCAUCACCGGCUUGAACAUUCUCAACAGUCCAGUGCAAACCUUCUCAAUCAACAGCGCUACGGGAUUAACUGUCACUGAUGUCACCAUUGACAACUCCGCUGGUGACACUGACGAUUUGGGACACAAUACCGAUGCUUUUGACAUUGGAUCGUCUACCGAUAUCACCAUUACAGGAGCCAAUGUCAAGAACCAAGAUGAUUGCUUGGCCAUCAACUCAGGAACUAGCAUCACCUUCACCGGCGGAACUUGCUCAGGAGGACACGGUCUCUCCAUCGGCUCCGUUGGAGGCCGUUCUGACAACGUUGUCAAAGAUGUUACCAUCUCUUCCAGCACCAUCAGCGACUCUGCCAACGGUGUCCGCAUCAAGACCAUCAGCGGAGCAACCGGAAGUGUCAGUGGUGUCACUUACAAGGACAUCACCCUUUCUAACAUCUCCUCCUACGGAAUUGUUAUUGAGCAAGAUUACGAGAACGGUAGCCCAACUGGCACCCCCACCACUGGUGUCCCAAUUACCGAUCUCACCAUCUCCGGUAUCUCGGGCUCUGUAGCAUCAACUGCCACCAAUGUUUACAUCCUUUGCGGAUCCGGAUCAUGCUCUGACUGGACCUGGUCAGACGUGACUUUGACAGGAGGAAAGACCAGCUCCAAGUGUUCGAACGUCCCAUCAGUGGCUUCUUGCUAA